AUGACAAAUUUGGAAAAACAAGCUGAUGAAAUCUUAGCAUUACAAUCAAUAUUUGAUACGAAAUUUCGCCUCCUUCAUGACAACAAUCAAUAUGAAAUUUUAAUUGAUUUUGAUCUAAUUCAACCAUUUCUUCUUCGAUGCAAUGAUAAGACAUCUAUUAUUCAUCAUUUGCCACCAUUUUCUCUGAUUAUUCAUUAUCAUGAUGAGUACCCAAGUGAUCGUCCUCCUUCGUUUAUUCCUUCUUGUUUUUAUUUUUCGAAAAUAUCUUUACGAAAUCUUUGUCAGAAACUUGAUAAUUAUUCAUUUGUAAAAGGUGAAGUUUGUGUUUAUGAUUGGAUCGAAUUGAUUAAACAAGAAACUACAAAUGAACUAACACUUGACACCAAAGUCGAAGAACAAAUCAAUGAUCCACGAGCAUUAAAUGGUUAUUUACCUGAGAACAUUGACCAAAUUUAUCAAUAUUUAAUUAAUUAUAAUACUGAACACGAAGAAAAACAAUUUGAAAAUCACUUUCAAACCUGUUUAAUAUGUUCAGAUAUUAUUCGAGGAAGUGAUUGUAUUCGUCUUCAUCGUUGUAGACAUUUUUAUUGUCGAUCAUGUUUAAAUAGUUAUGUUCAAAUGACAUUAAACAAUGGUCGAUUUGGUGAAAAACUUCUUUGUCCACAAAAUCAAUGUCAAAAAGUCUUACUUCCCAAUGAAAUCAAACAAAUUAUUCAAGACGAUCAACUAUAUCAAAGAUAUGAAAGAUUAACAUUACAACAUGCUUUAGAAUUAAUGAAUGAUAUCAUUUGGUGUCCAAGAUGUCAAUCUCCUGUUCUUAUUGGUAAUGGGGAAGAUAAUCUUGCAAUAUGUGAUCAAUGUCAUUAUACAUUUUGUAAAAGAUGCAGAGAAAUAUUUCAUUUUCAAACAAUUUGCCCAAAAGAUUAUCUAAUUAAACAAUUGAGAUUACAACAAGAAAAACAAUUUGAAAGAAUUAGAAAACAACAAGAAGGAGAACAUGAACGAAUACAAAAAGAAAAAAAUCGAAAGCGAUUAACCAAAGAACAAGAAAGAGUUCAGACAGAACGGGAUAGAAUCGAAAAACAACAGAAAAAUGCAGCUGAAAGAGAACUUCUUAAACAACGAUAUCGUGAAGUUACUAUUGAUUUAACGGAAGAAGAUAAUUUAUUAGAAAAUAUCUUAAAUGCUGAACGAAUGGAAGCAUUGAAUACUCAAUCAUGUCCAAAUUGUCAUGUCAAAAUUGAAAAAAAUGGUGGUUGUUCACAUAUGCAUUGUUCAAGAUGUGAUUACAAUUUUACUUGGUCUACAUCGGAAGGACCUCAAGAUCCUAAGAUAACCUCACUGCUAUAUCAUUCUUCUACAGCUCAAUCAAUUGAAUCUAUUAGAGAAGAAUUAAAUAAGAAAUUAGAUACAGCAAAAAUAUCUGAAGAAGAUGAAAAAGUUGUCAUUAACAAUCGAUCAUUUAUUGGUUCUGCUAUCGUCAAACGUGUCAAACCAUGUCCAAAUUCUUCAUGUCAGAAACUCAAUGUUAAAAUGGGCAAUGAUAAUUUGAUUAUAUGUAACGAUUGUUUGGAACAAUAUUGUUUUUCAUGCGCGAAACCCAUUAACGGAUUGCAACAUUUUCAAAAAAAAUGUGAUCGUUAUACAUGA